CACUUUUAUAGUUGACUCGAGGUAAUAUCAGAACCAGGCCCAUGAAGCCCAUUAAGAAGCCCAUAUUUUUGGCGGUAACCAAUGAAGAUCCAUUUUGGGUAGGAAAAACCCUAAAGGACGCUACACAGUCGUCUUCUCGGAGCCGCAAAGAUUUCUGUAGAGCAAACUUUGAUCAUCCCCUGCAUCUGCGGCAAUGGGUAAAGGAACAGGGAGCUUUGGUAAGAGGAGGAACAAGUCACACACGCUCUGUGUGAGAUGUGGUCGCCGGAGCUUUCACAUCCAGAAGAGUCGUUGCUCGGCAUGUGCUUAUCCAGCUGCCAGAAAGAGGACAUAUAACUGGAGUGUGAAGGCAAUAAGAAGAAAGACAACAGGAACUGGUAGGAUGAGGUAUCUCCGUAAUGUCCCUCGAAGGUUCAAGACUUGCUUUAGAGAAGGUACGCAAGCCACCCCAAGAAACAAAGCUGCAGCUUCGUCUUCCUAGGCAUUGUUCAGUUUGCGUUUUGCCAUCUCUUUCUUGCUAUGUAGCUUUUUUUUUUAAUUCGUUUGUUUAUCUUUUUUGCUCUUGUACUUCCUUUACUGUGCAAUCCUAUUUCUGAUAGUGUGAUCACUCAUCAAUGAAAUGCAUCCGUGCUAUUACUGUUU